AACCGAGACAAAAUUUCAAUGUCCGGUAGAAUUCCGCGUUCUGUGUCCCAUUCCUGUUCCUUAAGCCGUCCGCCAUUGCUGUACCGCCUGACAAACAUAACCCAUAACCAUCGCAGCAACGAACGAAGACGGAUGGAUGUCUCCUGCAGUCUCUACUCUCCACACGAGUGUAUAAUAAACGUAGUCUGUAUACAAUAGAAAAGGGCAAUCGGAAUCUAAGUUAACGUUUUGUGCUUAGUAAGUGUCGUGAAUCGGACAAUAAUAGUGCUCAAAAUCUGUGCCUCUGUGACGUGUGUGUGUACGGCUUCUCCCUACUCUAAAGCAAGCCUCGUGGCCGUCCAGUCGCAUCCGCUUUUAUCGCUGUAAUCAGCACUCCCUUAAAGGUUACGUAACUUCUCGAGCACGAGUCAAACGGGGACAAUGGCUGAAGCUGUCAUCCCUUUUUCUACAGAUGAAGCUUUCGAUGAUCUGACAGACAAAGACAGAACUGCUGAACGGUUAUAUUUGUUGGAUUAAGGCCGCAACCAGUGUUGGCGAGCUGGGGAAAUAUCGUCUAUUAAAAUCUUCUCUGACAAAUGGCAGCAAGAAAGUAUACUGUUGCAUAUGGGGACAACCGUUGAUUGAUGUGCAUAACAACGAUAUCAUCAUGAACCGAAGGUUGCAUAUUGAUGGUGCUCUUUGCAAGAGUUCAAGGAUUUCAUUGGCAAUGGAAAAUGAGGGAUACGUUCCCUUCGAUCUGGUGAUUCAACCUACAACCAUGCUAACUUUCUCUGGAAUGUUUGAACAAGAAAUACCAGUGCCAAUAAAGGUUUUACCAACAGCAGUUACUUUUGAAAACAUCAAUCAGGCUGAAGGCCUGAUAUCCAUUGAUGGAUUUGUGAGGAUGACGUUUACAAUGAUCCCCAGUCGUUUUGAAAACUCCAGUUAUGGCUGCGGAUCAAUAACUGAUGGACGCUCUAAAUUAACUGUCAAAAUUACAAACUUCAUUGUAGUUGACAACAUUCAGAAAGGUGUAGCCGUAAACGUAGUUGGAACAGUAGAUGCCACUAAUGGUAUACUGUGCAUUACGUGCAACAACAUGAAUGCUAUUACCCUCAGGGACAACACUCCAGCAAUGUCGGAUGCAGACUUAGCCCAAGGUGGAAAACCCCUAAAGCGGCUAGCUCCUGUAGGUUAAGCCUCAUACCUCAAUUUUUAUAGUUCGUAUUUUUUCGUGUGUGUUUACGUAUUGAGAUUAUGGUAUUACAAUGAGAUUUAUUGUCCUUGGAAAAAAUCAUUCCAAAAAAAACAUAAUUUACAUUUAUUUUGUUUUGUUCAAGUUCGACGUUAAGCAUGUGAUUGUUUAAUAUUUGCUAGAUUAUCAAAGAUAACGUUUUCGAGUAUUAAAAAAAAAAUACAUAAGAUGAUUAACUAUGGACCAAUAAGUUCAUUUAUAACUUUUAAGCUUUGUAAGCUUACAUUAAUUUAUUGAUUGAUCUUCUUUAUAUAGCAAAAUAUGUAUUGUUAGCAAUAUAUAGAACAUGUGAUGUAGCGGUUAAGUAUUUUUAGUGGAGCUAUAAAGAUUAAUCAAUAAAUUACUGUAUGUAAUUUUUAUAAGAAUUAUUUAUGAUAUUUUUAAAUGAAAAAUGUAUUUUUAAAUAUAUUAACUAUUUAAAUCUGUAAUACUGUAAAAAACCUGUUUAGCCUGCGGCUACAAUAAAAAAAUUCUUGGUUUGAAUGACAAUGGACUCGAUACAAACUUUAUUAUUUCAUUGCAACUCGUACAGAGGCCAUGGUCAUUUAAACAAAGGGUUUUAAAGUAUUAUUACACAACAAAAAUGUUAAAUAAUGACUAAUGAUGGACCAAUAAGGCCAUUUAUAAUGUAACAUAUAUGUAAGCUUAUAUUAAUUUAUUGAGUAAUCUUUCUUUAUAUAGCAAAGUAUAUAUAUAGAUAUAUAUAGAAACAGUACAUGUGAUAUAGCGGUUAAAUUGUAUAAGAUAGAGCUAUAAAGAUUAAUCAAUAAAUUAUUAUAUGAAAUGAUUUGAAAGGUUUAUAAAACUCAUCUUAUUUAAAAAAUGUCAAUAAACUAACAAUGUUGUUUUUAUUUAUUUCCGCCUGUAUAAUCAAGAGACGAACAAUUGAUAUCGUCAUCUGACACACAAACAUUACAAAAUAAAUUAUCUAAUCUUUACAUGUAUGCUUCUCUACAUGUUCAAGUGAGGCUACUAUUUUAUAUAGUUUAUUAUUCAAAUCUAAAAUGAGCUUUGCCAUCAUAUGAGGCCCUGUACAUCAUAAAUAUAAUAAUUAUCAUUACUGUUAACAAUUAUUCUAUUCAUCACAAAAAGCAUAAGCGUAUUUUAAAUAUAAACGCAGAUUGUAGUGAGUUUCGGAACGCGACAGGUCCGUUAUAUGUAAACUGAAAACGAUGGUCACGUGACUCACAGAAUUGGCGCAGAAAAAUCAAUAACUACCUACAUCACUGUCAUGGCGGCAGCAUUGCAUGUACGGACUUCGCAUAACGAAUAACGUGUCUCAUUAAAUGCAAAAAAAGUGUUGAAAAUUUGUCAGUGUACGAUCCCUCCAAUUAAUUAUAACAGUUUUGCUGUAGUUUAGUGGUCUGGACUCAGGCUAAGCCAAGUUUUAUUACAAUACACGUCAUAUAUGACCACGUGUAUUGUAUUUUAGCCACUGUGGAUCUAUCAUCUUCCACGAGGCGCCAAACAUUAUCUUCUCAUUACAAAAUUGAGAAUUGGCAACCAAAUCGCUGAAAGAAGUAUACGUAGUAAAAGUAACUGGAAACAAAUUUUUAUUAUUGUUCUUGGCUAAAUCCUGCUCAUCUAUAUCAAAGCUACGUGAAUAUAAUUGUAUACAGCACGAGUGUCUUACUACUUUACGUGUUCAUCACAAGUGCUAAAUUCUGUUUUUGGGGUGAAAAUAAACGGCCGAAUAGUAACAAAGUUCCUGCAACUAUAAAUCUUUCAAGAAGAUACAAUAGCCUUAUUAUUCCUGUUAUUAUUUAAACCAAUAUUUUUUGUAUAAAAAAUAACAAAAAUAAUAUUUGAAUAUAUAAU